AUGCAGUCACUCUCCGUGCUUCUACCUGGAGGGACUUCUCUUGUUGGGAAACCGCUGCAAGGGAGGCCCGUUCCUGUGCCAUCACCACACAAUAAGGUACAUUUUUUGGUGGGACAGCCAUCCUUGCUUUGUUCCAGCUCUUUUUUUUUUACAGACCUCACAGAGCUACCUGUGCCUGAAGAAGAUCUGCUCAAUUGACAAGAGGCAGUGUCAGAGCUCUUGAUAUAUCAAGUAAACAUCUGCAGCAUAGGAUUGAGAGAUAUCUGCGUCUUGACUGCACUGCUUUAGGUAACCUGCUGUUUUUGCUCCUCUGUGUCUGGAGGGGAGGGCUGCUGAAGACCCUAGUCUCUUCCAGGUGCAUCUCAGUGAAGAAAUGGAAUUUUGCAAGCCUUCAGGAAACUUAACAGCAAGUGAACUUCACACUCCACAAUUCAGUGAUCUUUUUUAGUACAAUCCUUUUGUGCUGGCCUCUCCAUUUCUGUCCACUUGAUCUCUUCACAGUUCUGUCCAAGAGCCCACCACACUCAGGUGAAGCCAGCUCUUCCUGCAGAAGUCAGGUUGGUAAGAACAGCUGUGUUCCAUUUCUCUGGAAUUGGUGGGAAUGGGCUGGCGACAAGCUAAUGAGUCCAGAUUGCUUUUCACAGACCAGCAGAAGGAACUUCCAGGCCCAUGAAUUCACACUUCAGAGAGACAAACAAAAAGGUGAGCUUAAAGGCAGAGUUUUAAGACUGGGACCAGUCUCUCUGUUGCCCUGCAAAUUAAUGGCCCUGCAAAUAGUGACUUAA